AUGGAGGUUCUCUCUUCUCAUGAGUCCCCUCUGAGUUUUAUCAACAAGACUCUUUGGAAGUUUGGUGAGCUUUCAGAGUUGUUUGCAAAUCUUGGAAAAAGUUCUAUUUUUGUUGCAGGGGUUAAUAGUGAGGAAGCUUCCCGUUUAGCUGCCAAAUUGGGUUUUGUCCUUGGGCAUCUGGUUCAUUAUCUUAGGCUUGCUUUACUUCAUGGGCGGUUACGACCUGCUGAUUGUGCUCCUCUUAUUCAACGGAUUAUAAGCCAAAUUUGUUCUUGGUUUGCUAGAUAUUAUAGUUUGCUAGUAGACUUCAGCUUAUUCGUUCUAGGUAAGGAGGAAGGUAGAGGAGGUGCUAAGGUGGCGUGGGCUGAGGUGUGUCUUCCUUUUGAGGAGGGUGGGCUUGCUAUCCGUGAUGGGCCUUCUUGGAAUAUUGCGAGUAUGAUGAAGAUUUUUUGGUUGCUUCUGGCGAAUUUGGUUUCUCUGUGGGUUGCUUGGGUGAAGGCUUAUAUUCUUAAGGGGAGGUCGUUGUAG